AGAGUUUCGAGCAGCACAAGAGAGCUCCAACACGGCCCAAGAGAGUACCCAGGAACCCUCCGCAGCCAUUUUGGCUCAAGCCAUUUUGGCUCAAGCAGCCAACACACAUCUUAACACGGCCAUCUCAAUUGAACAACUUUUCUUGCUCUUCCUUCCAGCCAUCGUCGAUUCAGCGAUGGCGUUCAAGCUGAUUUUCGCGACGACACCCGUGCUCGCUUCCAAGGUGGGCGCCGUGAUGAACCUCAUCGAGACGUCCGAGCGCGGGAUGGACGACGGCGGUGCUCUAACGCCAGCUCCGUUCCUUGCACAGGGUCGGUGGUUCCUGGGCGAGAAUACGGAGACAUGCGACGCGGUCUGCAGCAAGAUUGGGUCGACUUGCGACCAGAGCUCCUUGAACGCAGUGAUGAGUGACACGGCGACCACCAGACUGGCCUAUCUCGACGCGUUCAGCAAAGCGUGGGACAGCAUGGAGGCAGAGAUGGGGAGCAAUUUUCCGGGUAGGGCGGACCAUUGUUUCAUGAGCGACGAUUUGCCGGUCCGCAAUUGGGCUCCACGCAUCAUUCUUGGACACACAACCAAAAGUUGGCCCUAUUAUGAUUGCUUGGUCGGUACCUCAUCCAAUCCGUUGUGCUCUGCAACUACGCCGGGCGGUCAUCGUCGCCUCUGCCCGUGCAUGUCGGGGCUCCCUACUUCCGCCCCGACGGUGGCACCGACCGCGCCACCGACCGCGGCACCGACGCUGGCGACGGCCAUCGGUGAUCCGCACUUGCAAAAUAUCCACGGUGAACGGUUCGACCUCAUGACGACAGGCACCGUUCUAUUGAUCAGCGUCCCACGUGGGAAGCGCGUCGAGGACGCGUUGCUUGCGGUACAAGCAGAUGCGCGUCGCCUGGGUGGACAUUGUUCCGACAUGUACUUCCAAACGGUGAACAUUACAGGGGUAUGGGCGGACAAGCUGCAGGCCGGCGGUUUCACCUUCGACGCCCAAGGCGUUCAGAGCCACAAGGUGCCGCAGUGGACGAAAUUAGGGCCGGUGGAGGUGAAAGUCGUCCGCGGGCGCACGGAGAAGGGGACCAAGUACUUGAACUUCUUCGUCAAGCAUCUUGGGGAUGCCGGCUUUGCCGUGGGAGGGCUAUUGGGAGAAGAUGAUCACGCGGAUGCAGCGAGGAUCCCAGAAGGUUGCCAGAUAAGAAUGUCUUUGCGUAAGGCGAGCCAGACCAGCGUGAGGGCUGAGCUGGCGUCGGUGGCGGUCGCAUUUUGAGUCGACCUCGCCUCUUUCAGACCCUCUUACUUUAUACCCGAGGAGGAGGGGGGUGAGGUGGAGGAACGAUCCAACCUGGAGAAGACGGCAGUUUUCUCGGCAUUGCGCGCACCUCGGUCCUAGGACUGGCGCUGAAGCAUAUAUUUUCAGACUGCAGUUCCCCCGGCAAUGCUGCGCGCACCUCGGUCCCACACUGGUGUGUCGGUGCCAACGAAAACAAGAGAGUACCCAGGAACCCCGAGGGGGCCACCGGAGCAUCCCUGCA